GGAGGAAGGCAGCUGCUUGCCUGCCCUCCUGGCAGCCUGCAAAGUUGCCGGUAUGGCCAGGAGCAAGGCCACCCUCUGCAGAUGGCUUGGCUGCCCUGGGCUGCUGGGCUGUUUCUUGCUGGGCUUUCUGGUAGGAUGGUUUACAAAACUGACCGAAAGAAACCCUAGCUCUUCAAAUGUCUACCAAAAUGUGAGACAGAAUCUUGUGGCUGAAAUGAAAGCAGAAAACAUCAAACAAUUCCUUCGCUCAUUUACCAAGUUGCCUCACCUCGCAGGAACUGAACAGAAUCUUCUUCUUGCCAAACAAAUUCAAGGCCAGUGGAAGGAAUUUGGAUUGGAUUCAGCAGAACUUGUUCAUUAUGAUGUUCUUCUUUCGUACCCAAAUGAAAAGCAGCCAAACUACAUCUCAUUAAUUGUUGAUCAUGGGAAUGAGAUUUUCAACACAUCAUUGUUUGAACCACCUCCACAGGGCUAUGAAAAUGUUACCGAUAUACUGCCACCUUAUAAUGCCUUUUCAGCACAAGGAGUGCCAGAGGCAGAUCUGGUAUAUGUGAAUUAUGGCCGCACUGAAGAUUUUUUUAAGCUGGAGCGUGAAAUGGGAAUUAACUGUACAGGAAAGAUUGUCAUUGCCAGAUAUGGGAAGAUCUUCAGAGGAAACAAAGUUAAAAAUGCCAUGUUAGCAGGAGCCCAAGGGAUCAUACUUUAUUCAGACCCUGCUGACUACUGUGCCCCAGGAGUAGGUGCUUAUCCAGAUGGCUGGAAUCUUCCAGGAGGAGGAGCCCAGCGUGGGAAUGUGUUAAACCUGAAUGGAGCUGGGGAUCCCCUGACACCAGGUUAUCCUGCAAAAGAGUACACUUUCAGGUAUAAAGUUAAUGAAGGUGUAGGGGUUCCAAAAAUUCCAGUUCAUCCCAUUGGAUAUCAUGAUGCAGAAAUAUUAUUACGAAAAGUCAGAAUGCACGUUCAUACAAACAAUAAAAUAACACGAAUUUACAAUGUCAUUGGCAUCCUCAGAGGAGCUGUGGAACCAGACAGAUAUAUUAUUUUAGGAGGUCAUAGAGACUCCUGGGUAUUUGGUGGUAUCGAUCCAACUACGGGUGCAGCUGUUCUGCAAGAGGUUGUACGGAGUUUUGGUAAAAUGAAGAUGGAAGGUUGGAGACCCAGGCGAACUAUUAUUUUUGCUAGCUGGGAUGCAGAAGAAUUUGGAUUGUUGGGUUCCACAGAAUGGGCUGAGGAAAAUGCCAGAGUCCUCCAGGAACGCGCAGUUGCUUACAUCAACGCAGAUUCUUCUAUAGAAGGUAACUACACAUUAAGAGUUGACUGCACCCCUCUUCUCUACAAACUGGUGUAUAAUCUGACAAAAGAGAUUUUAAGCCCUGAUGAGGGUUAUGAAAAUAAGUCUCUUUAUGAGAGUUGGCUUGAGAAAGAUCCUUCAACUGAAAAUAAUAGCUAUCCCAGGUAA